AGGACGAUGUUGUGGUAAAUAGCGCGGAUAGGAUAAGAUGCCAGCACUGUGAGAAACAAUCACAAAAAGAUGCGUACUCUCCUCGUCCCUCCCCGCGACCUCUGAUCGCGGGAUAGAUCGCGGACUGCGAGCGCUUGCUCGUUCAUCAGAUGUUGCUGUCGAGCCAUUGAGAAUUCAAGUGCACCACAGUGGUCGGUAACAUAAAAAGAUGCGGCUCUUUCCCCACUCUCUCCGAUCAUUUCUGAUCGUGAGCACCAAGCUGGUGCUUGUACAUAAAGUUUCCGCAAAAGAACUUGUUGAUUUGCGAGCGCCCGUUAGGAAAGAAAGUCCACCAGCGCAAGUCGAGAAAGAACUCGCGAAGGGGAAGUUGCAAAAGCCACCUAAAGCUGCGGAUCGACAAGACCACAAAGGCGAGAAAGCCGCUGCGCAAGACUCGGUGCGAGAGGCACAUAGAGCAGAAGCACUUUCUCCAAGCACGAAAUCAGACACAGGCCAGCAAGAUGCACUAGAAACGAAGGGAAAAGGUACCAAAGGACAAUGUUUGGUAGAGUUUCGUUUUUGGUUUGUUUAGCCCCGUUUCUCAUGGUGCACGUUUAGUUUUUCACGGUUUUCGAGGAAGCGUUUGUUAGCCAGGGAAUUCAACCAUACAACCCCACUUAAGAACAUUGAAAAUUGAAGGACAAAUCAACCUGUCACAGCCCACUUAUGGUCGUCAUAUGUAAUUUUGAAAAAUUCACUUAAAUAUCAGGUCCGCCCCUUCAUGCGCCACAAGCGCACCACGAUCUUGACCAACACCAAAGCCGCUUGCGUGGUGAUGGCCGAGCACACCAAGAUGAUGACCGGUAUGUACAGCAUGUCAUCGUCGAGGGCAGCGAGUCUCGCGACGAACAAAUAGCACACGACGAUAUUUCUGUCCCAGGUCAGAGGUCAGAGGAAAACUUCCGCGGGCGACCAGGUCAUGAUGGGGGCGUUGGGAGUGUUGCGCCAGGAAGGCAUGGCCUAGGAGACCGAGACGACGGACUACCCGUACUCCAUGGACAUGCGGGCGAAGCUUCGUCGCCGCAGCGGGAAGGUGCCCCGCAUCCAUUAUCAAAUGCAAAAAUGUCUGGGUCUGGAAGGGUGCUGCAGCUUGUCAUGCUAAAUCUGGAUCGUGAAAAAAUUUGUGUUGCAUAAGUGCCAAAAGCUGUCCACUUUUGACCAAGUUGGGAGUGAGUUUGUCGUGCAGGAUAGGCAUGACGCAGAUCUCACAGAAUCUGUCAUGCUACAUCCUGCAUUCCAGACCCCAUGCCUCAUGUUGAACCUGCAUGAGAAGUCUUCUAAUCUUCCAGAACCAGACAUAUUUGCAUUUGAUAUCCAUCGCAGAAUAGAUAUCACGCUGUGGCGCCGCGGACUGCCACUGGAUUCCCUCUGCUCCUUGACGAGCUUGACUGGAAAGUUUGCGUGUACGUAUCAACAAGAAAAAUCCCCCCUCCCCAUAUCAAAACGGAAAUCUGUCAUGCAGAUUCGUGGUCACAAAUCAGCUUUGUCAUGCUAGAAAGGAAAAGAUCCGGACUGUAGUGCUAGUUGGCGUGGGAAAGCCUUGCUUCUUCAGCAUGACAGGAGGCAGCUGGAAGUGUGAAACAGCAUCACAAAUGGCCUGCAAACGAGGCCACAGCCGCGGCUCUUGGCCUUCUAGCAAUGCAAGUCGAUUUGUGUACUCAAAUACAGCAUUACAAAUGUUGUUUUUGAUAUGGGGAGGAGGGGUUUUUCCUUUUGAUAGUACGGGGUCGAGGAACACUGCCCCGAGGUGACCUGCGACGCCCCAACAACCGUCAAUCCCGCUGCGUGGCGAUCGGUCAUACGCCGAGGGAGUUGAUAUAUAUAUUUCUUGUGGACACUGGCUCUCAUAUUGCGUUUCAGCCGGUGCUGCCCGAAAGUUCAAAACACGCCUGAUGAAAUUAACAGUUUGGCAGCUGUGCUUGCAUGAGAGAACAACGCCUUGCCGUCUCGGCUUGCGCAUUACAGGUCGCUCAAGAUUUGAGCACCGUGGAAGGCGUAAGUUGUGAAUUACAUUCUGCUCCUAACUAAUGGACUCGUCCCACAUCAGUCACUAAAUAUACUCGUUUUCAUCCUCCACAACCAACCCUGCCGCACGACUACCUCGUGGAGUCACCCGCCAAAGACUACCCAGCCGCGGACGUGUCUCACGGGUUCCGCCCGUUUCGAAUAUGCAUUGCAAAUAUGACUGGGUCUGGAUUUGUCAUGCGAAAUCUGAAGGACAUACAAGAUCUGUAAUGCAGGAGUGUGACUGACCAAUGUUUUUUUCGUGCUGGAAGUAUGAUCGAAAAAUUUUUUGUCGUGCUCGAAGCCAAGAUGUAAUGCUAAAUGCGAACGAAUCCGAAAGAAGCUCAAGAAAACUUGGCAUGCUGUUAUGCCGUACAAGCGGCCACCGGCCCGGCACUGCGUGUAUCAGUAACACAAAUUUCCAGACACUGACAUCUUUGUGUUGCAUAUCGAAAGGCGUGGUACAAACUGCAUCUCGACCUGGGUGCCGUGGAGAAAAAUCUGAAUCCGGGGGGACGAGCUGCUGCUAAGGAGCAGGACGAACUAGGCGAAAAUGCCGCUCGACGUAAAAAACCCGACGUGUACGACUACCACCUGGAAUUCCAGGGCGUCUCGUGGACAAGCUCAGUGUGGGUGAACGGGUCCUCGCAAGUGCGGCACUGGUCUGCCUACACGCCGUUUCGCGUCCCGCUGACGCUGCCGGAUACAGCUGCGAAUGGAAUCCACGGGAGUGGCUCCUCGUCGUCCGCGGACAGCAAGUUCGAGAUCACGAUCGCGGUCGAUAGCACGCCGUCGUUUGCCCACAAAAACGAUGUCGGCGAAGGGAGCUGGUGGUACGACGGGGGCGGCAUCUACCGGCAUGUACUGCUCCAUCGAAGUAGCAGGACCAAGCCGCGCGUCGUCGAUGUGUACCUGCCACACAAAGUGGUCACGGAGCGGAUAGACCAGCACAAGCUGCCCCUGCGCGCGGACGUCGCACUGGACCCAGUCAUCGAAGUGAGCCUCGGUGAGCGAGAUACCGACGUAAUAUCUGGGAGACCCCUAAAAUGGAAGUAUGCUGACGCACUGACAGCUUCCGAAGACGACGCUGUUGGGAGCAUGCCGGAGCAUGCGGGGCCGACGGGCAGAACCACAACAACCGGAGCUGCUGCAAGUGGUAAUACCGCUAUCCCGACCUGGGCGGAAACGGUCGAGGGACCCGCGCUGCAAAAAGGUGCGGCCGAAGAUGAAAAAGCACCUCUCAGUGCAGACGCUGCCAUGAACGCAGGAUGGAAUGCUGCUGCAGUGUGGAGCGCUGCUGCGAGCGCAACUAGCCGCGCGUCUGGACCCGACCCGCGCGUGACCACGGAAACCAACCCGGGCAAAGGUGUUACCAAUGAAAACACACGUCCGGCGACGCCGGCCUCCCAGCAAGAAGCGGAGGCGGCUGCGAGAAGUAAUAUCGCGUACAUGACCGACCCGCGCGAGACUAACGAGGCCACCACGCUAAAAAGCGCUGCGGGAAGAAGAAAUGCGCCUCACCCGACAGCGAUCUCAGAGUGGCCGCAAGCUGUAAUAGGCGAGGCAUGGAACACUGUAACACCGGAGGCCGCUGCGAGCCGUAGCAACGCGCGCGAGACCAACAAGGCCAUCCAGCUAAAAGGUGCCACUGCAGAAAAUGCACCUCCCGCUACCGCGAUCUCAGACCGAUCGGAGACUGCAACGAGCACAGCACGGAACACAGCGGGGAGUGACGCUGCCCGAAAUGCUGCUGGAAGCGGUAGCCCCGUGUCGCCGGCCGGCUAUGACAUAACACCUUCUUCCGCCCGAGGAAAAGAUGCUACCAUCGGGGGUGCGCCCCUAAGCAAGGCCACGUCAGGCCCGCCAAAAGCUGCAGCGGACGGAGCCGACAGUGCGGCCGAGAGGGCAACUUCGGUAGAUCGGCGAGUCCGCGCGAGGGUGUCCGUGUACCGAUACAAACCUGGUGCCGAUAAGCCGGCGCGACCUCUCGUGGCCACGAUGAUCUCCGAGCCGUGCCACAGGAAAGGUGACGGUAGUACUCGUCUGAAGUGCCGAGGCCGCGCGCCGAUCGUGCUGCAAAAUGUGGAGCUGUGGGACGGUGUCAGGAACCCGGCGUUGCUAUCACAAAAAAAGAAUAUUAAAGUCCCAUCUUCGUGCGUGAAAAGCGAAUUUGUAUUUUUGGAUGCGGUAGAACCGCCUGUGCUUCUCGUUGUAAUUUCUGUAUGCGCCGACUUUUGUUUUUCAUGUAGCAUGGGAAGGCCCUUCUCCGUGCCAAAAUGAUACUGCGCUAUACUGUUACGUUUUCUGAUAUGGAACAGUUGCUCAUCUCAUUUUCAUACCUGUACCUGUACCCCAGAGAAACUAAGCGGCCCGAUACCAAAGAAGAUAAAUUUGUCAUGCAGUUUUUCGUGUCAGAAAACGACAUUAUUGGCUGUCUAGCAUGACAAAUUUUUUGGAGACCUUUCUCGUCGUUAAUUUAGCAUGACAAACGAGUAUUGUCGUUUUUGCGGAUCAGCAUCGAAGAUGCUUUUGCGAUGGAAAAGCAGCAACACAAGUUUAUUUUUUUCUGGUAUGGGGCUACUUUUUCGUAAAAUAUUCUAGUCGAGCUGCGGCUUAUCCCACGAAAAAACUGUUCCACUGUGAUAAUUUUGCAAGAACCGCAUCACAAGUUUGCUACACAUGACACAGAAAAUUUGGCAUGUUCGUUUCCCAAGGGAAAACGCGCUUAAAAGCCCAAUGUCUUUCAGGUGUAGUAGCAAGACAAAUAGUUCUGCGCUCCAUUUUCUGCAUCACAAGUUCCCAGUGAAACAGUUUUUUCCUGCGAUAUGGCUGCUCGAUGACCGCGGCGAAUUCGUGGAUGACCCUUGUAUCCGACAGAAAAGCACACUGACAGUAGAGAAAAUCGAAUUUGUCAUGCGGUUUUUCUUGUCCCAAAACAAUUCUCGUUGGUUGUUUAGCAUCACAACUUUUUUUGCAUUUUUGUCAUGCUGGUCCGCAUUAUUUCCUCCCUCUAGAAUGACAGCAAACACCGUGUCUUGCGGAUCAGCAUGACAAAGCUUUAUUUCGUGAACGAAAAAUAGCAACGCAGGUUCUUUUUUCUUCUGGUAUGGGUGUGCAUUUCUCUAGGAUAUCACAUCACGGACAAAAACCCACCUUCGAUGUACGCAGAAGAAAACUUCUUGCGAUGCGAAAUUACAGCCGAAAUCCACUAUGUAUGUAAUUUGGUACAGUAUGACACUUUUGCCAGUAGGCGUAGGGCAACUGAACCCUCAAUCGCACAACUCUGUAUGUAGUCUCUUACCCGCACCACCCCCUACCGCUGCUUGGCCAAUGGCAAAAACUAGCUAUACCGUUGUCGUUUCUGCCAAUAAGAAAAGGACUCAUGUGUUGUGCGACUUAUGUAACUACUAAAACCGUUUUUACUGUCGGGAGGGGGGUGGUUUUCCUGCGGCUUGAUAAGCCGGAUGCAGCUUCUUCGACGAUCCGGGUUGGCUUCCGCAGAUUUGCCUGGGACGCCGGCAUUAACCCACAAAAAAGCCCAUUCAUUUUUCCAGAAUCCGAAAACAUGUCUGCUGCGUUUUUAGUUUCACUGGGGCUGUUGCUCUCCGUAUUCCAUUGCAAAACAUAUUUUUUUCUGACCCCUAUUAACGUCGACGCGUUCAUGUACUUCCCCUAGUCAACCCCUAUUGACGUCGACCCCUAUUGACGUCGACGCACAACAAGCUGCGUUGUUCUGCAUUGCAUUCAAACUGAAGUCGUGUUUCGUGUGCGCCCAGCCGUCUUUUUAGUGUUUGUGCAAACCAGCAAAACAAAGAAACUCUGAAUUUCAUAUGGGCACUUUUUUUCCAGCGAUAGGCACUGGCUUCUAUCUGAACGACCGCCCGAUGCUAUCGCAAGCGAUGCGCGACCCUUCACAUGGCAGAGAGGAUUUGUCAUGCACAACGCAACCUGAGUGGAUCUACCUUUUAUCGCGUUGGUUCAUUAAAUUCUCUAUCUCGAGCUUAUUCCGUAGUACUCGUCAUCCGCCAGGCAAGGUGCAGCGCGCAAAAAAAGUUUAGAUAUCAUAGUAAGUGCACACCGAUGCCAUUUUGCAGGUCGUCCAGCUGCAGCAAAAUUGCAUUACAAACGCAAGUCGGCACGAUGAAGGGUGUCUUGUCCACGCGAUACAGAAAAAUCAAGGGCUUUGCAAACCACCAAGACUUCGCCGGGGUGGGUGUCGCGCUUUCGGAUGAUGUCCAGGAGUAUCGCGUCUGGGCAAUGAAGAAUAUGAAGCGGAAAAAUAUCGUAUAGCCCUGUGUCGGGUUUCGGAAUGUCGUGCGAGCCUUCUGUACUAACUGGCCCGCCACAAGCGGACAAAGAGGUGGCACAGCCAUCGCGGGUAUGAGUUUUCUGCGCAGCCCCCUAAUGUAUGAGUUUUCCGCACGACAGCCGCAUGUGUGAGCUUUUCCUCUUUUAUGGGCCUAGAUUAUUGCAUGGCAAAUUUCCCCGGGCGCCCGAAACUGCGCAGGAGGAGGGACUCGUGGUCAAAUAUUUUUACAACUACUAAAUCCGAAACCCGCAUGACAGAUUGGCUUUUCGGUCUUUUCAGAGGAUGCUGAACCUCCUGAACGCCAACGCCUGGCGGACGGCGCACAACUAUCACACAAAAUUGGUUCGCCCGUGCUCCUCAGAAAGCAAAGCGCUGGGCACAUGAUUUUCCUCAAUAUUCUGCAAGCCGAUAAUACUGCGCAAAUGCGCGAGACACAUGCAGGGGGCCCGCUGAGGCUGAGUAACGCACGUUUAUUUCCGUGCCCGCCCGAGCCCGCUCUUGUAGAGAGGCUACAGCUGGAAACAAGGUCCACGUGUAGAAAUAAGGACGCUCAAGAAAUAAGGCCGCUCUUUGCUUUCUAAGGGUCGGCGGGAGAACUACUUUUCGUGGCCAUAUAAGCUCCGCAACCCCCGCUCUGCUGGAUAUCGCAUUGAAAAUUGUUUUCUUAGGCUGGGGCGGUUUGUAAACUGAUAGUGCGUCCGCGUUAUGGCUGCAUUGCCUGUGACGGGGGUCAUUUCGUUGUACACAGCGGCUCCCGCUUGAGAAAAUAUUUUUCAUGCGGAUUUACAAUGCCUGCGACGAACUGGGACUGCUGGUAUAAAUAAGUUCGCGAGGCCCUUCUCUGCUUUGUCAACAAAAAAUUGCACAGGGACUACAGUGCGCGGAGACGGAUUUUCUUUAUCACAAAAAUGAAAGAUCAUGACCCAUGCCGUAGUUGAUGUUGAUAUGGACCUCCUUUGACGCUUGUUCACGGUCGCGCGAUAAAGUAUUCAAAGCAUGACAGAUUUUGACGGAUUGACUCAACCAAAACUACAGGUUUGGGCGGAAAAUCAUCGGAACAAGCUGUCUCCAGACUCGUACAAGCUAUCAAUGGCAAAUGUGGCUGGGUUUGGAAAAAUGCAAAAGUUUGUAAUGCAGGUAUGGGAGCAGGCCUAGGCCUAGCACGACAGAGCCAAAAAUCCUCGGCUUUAGCUACUCAUGCAUUCAUGCAUGAUGACAGAUUUUUGUGUGCCCGACCAGCCGCAUCACAAAUUUGAAGCUUCCCAGACCCAGACAUCAUAUUUACACACCAUACAAGCAGGACCUCGUCGAUAUGGUGAAACUGAACCGCAAUCGUUAUCAUUCGAAAAAACAAUAACGCAGCACCUUUGUCGGGCAGUUCUGCAUGGCCAGAAAGUUUGUCAUGCGUCCAAGCCCAAGAAGUAGUAUUUUUCAACCAGGUCUUAGACUUUGUAAUGCGUUAAUCAGGACAAGACAGCCUCUUUGUGACGCAGCUGCACCUUUUAGUCGCGACCAGGCAAUAGACCCAAAUUUGUCAUGCGUCUCUGCCAAGAGAUCUUCUUGUUGAUUUGUAUAGCAGAGUAGUGUACAUCUUGACUAUUUUGUGGAAGACACGUUUUUCUAGAUGAUAAUCGCGCCAGCGUCUUCAUGUGGUCGGUGUGCAACGAGCGACUGUGCUGCCCGGAGCGGAGCCCAUGCGACUUUGGCGAUAAAGCUGUAUCCAACAGAAAAAGAAAACCGAUAGAUCUGGUAGGUUUUUCACAUAGAUUCUCACGUUGCACUUCGAGCAAAACUACAAAUUCCGCUUUGCAUAGCCGCAGGCAAUGCACUACUUUUUCAUGAUGCCAAAUGCCUGUAGUUCGGCAUAGGAAUAAGAAACAUAAAUUACCGGGAAGAUUUGUCAUGCCUAACAGCCAAAAUGAGAUUUUUCUUGACCCUGAUUUAUUUACGUGAACACAUGCUUUUUUUCUGUGGAAUAACCAGUCGUGGACACCGCAAGAGACAUCAUCGCCCUCAUCCGGAAGCUGGAUCCGGGCUUCGGGGCGAGCAGGACGGGCGCAGGCACUGCCAGCCUCUCGGAACGCCGGAUCUCCUCCGCGUGCAACACAAACGACCUGGAAAACGCACGGCCUUUUCUCGAGCUGAUGGACGUGAUCGGAAUUAACUACCACCUCCACACCUACGACACAGUACGCAAACUCUUCCCGCGCCAUCCGCUCAUCGUGUCUAUCAGAGGGAAAAAUCCCCCCUCCCCAUAUCGAAACGAAGUUUCUGAUGCUGGAUUUGCGUACACAAAUAAGGUCUGUCUUGCUGGAGAGUACUUCAGGCAUACGCCAAGCCUGGGGCGAGCGGUUUAGUUUUGACGCAGGGGACAGCAUGACAGGCGUCGGCUCUGUGAGCCCAACAGCAUCACAAACCGCCGGCAUAAUGCGGCGGACUCUCUGGCUUUGCCUUCUUGCAAGACAGACAGGAUUUGUGACCUCAAAUCUGCAUCGCAAAAUUUCAGACGAAUGCGCUUUCAAUAUGGGGAGGGGGGAUUUUUCCUUUCAAUAGUGUCCGAGGCAAGCUCAGACUACAGCACUCGCGGGGAAUAUCGCACGAAAAAAGUGUUUCAGUGUAAGGAUUUUGCAAGGUUUGCAUCAGAAGUUUGUUCUGCACCACAGAGAAAAGUUGCCAUGCGAGAUUCCUAAGGGAAAACACACCUAAAAAUCCAUUGUCUUGCAUGUGUAGCAAGACAAAUACUUGUCAGAUACAUUUUCUGCAUUACAAGUUUACAGUGAAACAGUUUUUUCUUGCGAUAGGGAAUACUCGACGGACCAGAAAAAGCAGUAUGUGUCCAGCUUCGACACCGAGUACCCGCCGUGGGGCAACACCGCGGAAGACAGCUGGUGUGCAGUGAAGGAGAAGCCCUUCGUCAGCGGCCAGUUUUACUGGACCGGCUUCGACUAUCGCGGCGAGCCAACGCCGUUCUACAAAUUCCCGAGCCUCACCUCGCACUUCGGCAAUUUGGAUCUUGCCGGAUUUCCCAAGGACAACGCUAUGUACCACCGUGCCCUUCUGGCCGAACCCUUCUCGGAGUCGGGCGACAAGCUCGUACAUCUCGUCGCGGCGGAUUGGUGGCACAAGACCUAUGCAACGAAAAAUUUACUGACAGAUAUACAUUCACUAGGUUGCAGAGGACAAAGCUCUGCAGACAAACUUUGUCAUGCCUGAAAUGUCCAGAAGACAGGUUUCCUGGCUGUGUACUUUCUAUUACCGAGUGGUCCACAGUGCAAAUACAUCCGGAAGACGAAUUGGUGUUGCGAAACUUGCAAAAGUGCUGUUGCAAGUGUAAUACUGAUACAUUUUUCCUGGGAUAAAGCUGCGAGCGGGACUGCAAAUAACACCACUGCGUUUAUGGACAGAAAAAAAACCAUGUCAGCUUGUCGCUUGAGUAGUUUGAAAUUGAAAUGCAACAUGGAUACAAUAUUUUUGUAUGGUUCCGACAGGAGAGGGCCUUCUGCGUGAUAUGCAUAUUUUCUCAUGCUAUUUUGCAUUCUUGUUUUAGCAUUCAAACUGAAUCUGUCUCUCGCGAACUGUUGAUGACAUUUCUUUGAUUCCAUAUCGCCGUUCCCCGUUUGGGUGUACGCGAGUGAAAGUGCCGGGAAGGACGGAGUCAACCUGAUCGGUAAGUACGCGAAGAGCACGAAAAACUUCGGCACCAAGAACCUUUCCGAGCCGUGUCGGCACGCCGAAUGGACCCUGAUGGCGGAAGACCUCCAAGGCCUCACCGCGCUUACCGCGGCCAGUGUCAGAUACCCCAACAUCACAGCCUCGAUCGCGAAACCAGGACCCGCUGCGCGCUUGCAGCUCGACGUGGACUGGCCGAUUGCAAGAAGGCGCCCGUCAUCUAUCAUAAAGAAAAGCGCACCCAUAAGCUUGCUUUGCUAGAGUAGUGAGACUAAAAGCUCUGUAGUGCAGGCAAUGCUGUAGGAGCUGUUUUUUCGUAAAAAAUGCAAUGUGUAAUGCGUGAUAGAUUUGAGAUAGGUGGUCCUUGAGAAUUUUAUCUGGCUAGACCUACACUACAAAGCUUCUAGUGACACCAAAAACUACGCAAAAUCAUUCUUAUGUGUGGCACGCGUGUGCUUUUCUUUGUGAUAAUACCACCGACCGCGAGUCGCCGUCUGCUGCCGCACGGUUUGGCCGGGCCGAUUACGAAAAGCACGUUUCUGGUGCGCGUCGCAGCGUAUGACGACGCCGGAAUUCUGGUGCGCGACGAGAGCGCCUUGAAGGUCGACUUCGCCCUGCACUUCGCGCACAAAAUAGCGACUUCGUCGAAGCUUCCUGCAAGAAUUGUGGGGCUCGGGAGCGGGAAUCCCACUUCGUUGGAGCAGGAAAAGUAUACCCUGCAAAAGUAUCGUACCCGUAUAAAUGCAUUACAAAUUUCCUCAGCAUGAGAAAUAUAAUUUGUAAUGCGGAUUGAGCCUAAGAGCAAGAUUUGUAAUGCAUGAAUGCAAUUACUGCGAGUACGAUACUUUUGCACAGGAUGAAAAGCCGCUGAACGCCACCCACGGGUCUAUCGAAAAAAAAUGAUUCUGCUAUGAGUUUGUCAUGCAGCUUUUGCAAGGCCAAGAAAAGAAUCUGUGUGCUACCCUAACUUCAGUUACUCACCCGAAAUCUGUCAUGCGCCAAGGUGCUCAGUAUACAGCACUUUUCACGACCCCACACCACAGCAUGGUCACAAGCUCGAGCUAUCGUUACUGUUUUGCAAAAAUUGCAUGACAAUCGUCAAGCUGAAAUUUUUCCAUCAUUCUUACGCGAAUUCUGUUUCACGGGCUUGCCCGCAUAGUGCUCGACGUGCAGGAAAGCGGCGAACUAGCGGAUGGCGCUCCUGGACAACCAUCUGUGCUUGUCGCUACUGCCCCCGGACUUGAGUCGGCGUCCCUCGCGCUGGUAACGCCGACAAUCCCGGCAAGUAGGACCCGGGCCCACGCACACCUCCGCGAUGAGCCCGUACAGGAGAAGCUCGGGCACUCGAUGUCGACCUCAGAUGCGGACGCGCAGGACGAGGAGGCGCUUUCCAUCUAUGCGUGA